GAACUUGUGAUUCCUUAUGAUUUUUUCCUUUUUCACCCUACUGUGCUAGUUACAGCAGCUGGUUAACAAUCUCGAUGAACAAAGUGGCUAGCAGUUUGCUAAAAAUACACUAUCGGGAUUACCAUAAGGAAGAAAAAUGCAGCAAAUAUCAGCGUGGAAAUAGUGACGAUUUUUAAACAUUACACUUUUAUGGCGCAGAGCGCGCGUGGCAGGUGGUUCUGGCGCCAUAAACUUGGAAUACUAUGGAAAUACUGAAAAGGAACGAAAUUCGUCCGGAAGCCCUGUCGGUGGUGAGUGAGGACCAGUCCAUUUUCGAGCCAGCAUUCGGCAGUGCCCAGGCCAUGCACAUGAAGGGAGAGAUCACAUCGCCAGUGCAGGGUGUGUUCCGGCAGGGGUCAGAGGAGAGCUCUGAGUCCACCGAGCCUGAUUGGACAGCCACAGGGACCUCUAACCCUACAAAGAGAGCUGAACACAUCAAUGGAGCCAGUCGGCAAUCUCCGGUCGAGUGCAGUGGGACAAGACGCAGCCGCCACAUUAGCAGCACCGAUGGAGCACAGUUGCCCUACCAGGCCUCAUACCCGGAGCCACGCACAAGCCCUCAGUCUGCCACGCCACCCAGCAGCACCACUGAAGAGAAGAGGGUGAUUGUUCCAGCAGAUCCCGAGGUGUGGACACAGGACCAUGUACGACAGUGGGUGGAGUGGGCGAUUAAGGAAUACAGUCUGGUGGAUGUGGACGUGUCCCUGUUCCUCCCACUGGAUGGCAAAGCACUCUGUAAGAUGACCAAGGAAGACAUGAUGCGCAUGACGUCUAUCUAUAACACAGACAUCCUCAUUUCACACCUCAACUACCUCCGGCAAAGUAGUCCUACCUUCUCGUAUCCAACCACCCCAACCAACACACAGCCACAACCCAGACUACAGGUUAAAGUGGAAAACAGCUAUGAGGAGAUCAGCAGAAGAAACAGUUGGUCAUCAAGUGCCAUGCCAGCAAUUACUAAAGGUUCUCCAGUAGAGCAGCAGCACAAUAGCAGGAUUACAGAACCUCCACCGAGGCUCGCUCCAGACCCUUACCAAACACUCAGUUCACUCAGCAGCCGACUUGCAAAUCCAGGCUCGGGUCAGAUCCAGCUUUGGCAGUUCUUGCUGGAGUUGCUCUCCGACAGCUCCAACAGCAGCAUCAUAAUGUGGGAGGGCACCAACGGUGAGUUCAAGAUGACCGACCCGGACGAAGUAGCCAAGCGCUGGGGUGAGCGCAAGAGCAAGCCCAACAUGAACUACGACAAGCUGAGUCGCGCACUCCGUUACUACUAUGACAAGAACAUCAUGACCAAGGUGCAUGGCAAGCGCUAUGCCUAUAAGUUUGACUUCCAGGGCAUCUCCCAAGCACACCAGAACCAUCCAACAGAGGGCAACAUGAUUAAAUUUCCGCAGGACGUAUCAUAUAUUCAGGCUUACCAUAGCCACCAGCCUAAAGUGAACUUCGUGAGCGGACACUCUGGCCCUAUGCCCAUGUAUUCUGGGAACUAUUUUGGGACACCUUCCACCUCCUGGAACUCAGCAACUGGGGUGGUGUAUCCCAGCUCACCAAUGCCCCGUCAUCCAGGCACCCACUCGCAUUUGAACUCUUAUUACUAAAAGAAAGUCUGACUAACCUCUCUCAGCACCUAUGGGUUUACUAACACUUCUACUAGGUUUAAUUGGAGGUCACCUGUUAAGUUUCAGUAGCUAAGGAAAACCAAGUGUGAAACUGAGAGGGUCAACAAGGAGAUACAAUUAUAUACAAAGCCUAUCAUGUGUGGCAUUGAAAACAUAUACUAAAUACAAAAGCAAGUUUGUAUCACUUGUAGAAAUUACAGUCAAUAAACUCUUUAUUCAGAUUAGAUUUGUACAGCACACUGAAUAAUGAGCACAGUCAGUGCAAGUGUACAUAUUAUUACAUGUUGUAUAAAAGGGUCUCAAUAUUUCUCUAAUGACCACCAUACCCACCUACAUAUUUUGCUGUUUUUGUACAGAUUUGUGACUCUUACACUUCUAUAAACUCUUUUUUUAAAACCAAUAAACAUAUAUCAUUAUCAGU